UCUUGCACAAAUUAAUCCAACGCAAUAAAAAAUGAUAACAAUAAACCACCUUCCGCUGGAGAUAAUAACCGAAAUAGUCUCGUAUCUCCCCAGGAAGGAUCGGUUGGCCUGCUCCCAAGUCUCCUCGCUGUGGAAUCGAGCGGUGGACUGCCGCCAGCUGUGGAAGUUCAUGUUGGUGUACCUGGACUCGGACCUGGCGGGUAGGUACGCCUCAAGGUCUCAACGGUGGUACGUUAACGUGCAAGCUUCAGAUCCGACGACUGCGAUUAUUACGAAGAUGUACCACAAGCACCUGCUAACAAUCGAGCUGUGCUGGAGCAGCUUCCCAGUGCCGGCUCGAGGCAUUCUCCACGACUUCAGGCAGUAUUGCAAGAAGGCCUGCGAGUAUCUUACGCUCUUGCUGAACCUUUGCGUUCAGCUGCGGUCGAUUAAAAUCAGUACGUGGAGCGACGUCCCCUGCUUGAAGAAGGUUACUUACCACCUGUGCAAGUUUCUAAGAUCUCAACUUCACUUGGUGGAGGUGAGUUUUUUCAACGUCGACUUUUGCGUGGUGGAGAGCGCUAGGUUGAUGGCCUGUCUCAGAAGCUUCACCGACGUGAGCCGCUUGGAGAUAAUCCACUGCGACCACCCCAAUCCACUGCCCCACUGGCGCUCCUCUUUCGACAGCUUGAAAUGCCUCCAAGUUCUGAAAGUGGAUUACGCGCUGCUGAAUGGCGGACUAAUGGAUUCGCUACUACGUCAAAAAGUUGCCUCGCUGAAAUGCAUCGAGAUGAUCGUCGGAGAAAUGGACGACCUGCGACGGUGCAUACCCGAAGAGUCCUGGAGGGAUCUUUGCGAACAGUGCCCGAUGAUGAGAGUGGGCUUGCACAUUAAGAAUAGGUGCAGCGAUCUCGGCGAGCUUCUCUGCGAGGCGAUACCCCUGACCGUCUUCACGCUGACCUGCGGGAAAGCCUCGGAUCAAACUCGUGGCGGACACCUGCAGAACAUCCUCUCGAGCAUGAUCAGAAUUUACCACAGGACGCUAGAGAAGGUUUACGUGCAGCUCAAUAACAAUACGGAAACUGUCGACGAGACGCUCACCGCCAUAGUCACGAGAUGCUCGCGCUUGAAAUUCUUCGAGUUUCACGGAAACGUCGGGAGCGUGGAGACGUUGCGAAAGAUUUGCGAGAUCCAGGCGGGGAUGGAGGAAAAGAGUAAGUCGAGCCGCGAUGGAAACCUAAAGAGGAAUCGUCUUUUAGGUUUCAAGCGCUUCAGCAUAGUCGCGAAGAACAUGAACUUCUACAGUCAUCGCCUCUUCCAGACGCUGCAUCGGGACUUUGGGAGGAAGUUUCGCGACGCCGAUAUACAGUUUAGGACCAGCGGUUGUUCUAAUAAGAAUUUGGUGUACAUUUACUAUUAAAUUUCAUA